AAGUAAAAAACACAUUCAUCUAAUUUCAUUGAACUUAAAUGAAAUGUUACUAUAUAAACUCAGGAGGUCUCUGAAGGAGCCUGUCAGAAGCUCAGAUGCCUGCAGUACAGAAACAAAGGCAUACUGAAGCUACGUGUAUCAUUCACAUGUGUCAUUCACAUGUAUCAUUUGCUUUCUGAAGAUUUUUCUUUUUUUGUGGCAUGUUUAGGAUUGCAAACAAUAAUGCAGUAUGCAAACAUUUGUAUUCUUCACAUUUACAUUUCUCUAAUGUUUAUCAAAAAACUCUCUCUAAACACUAAAUUGACUCAAAUAAUAGAUAAAACCUGAAGCAAUUCUACUUUGCCUGUCUAACUAUACAGUGCUAUAAGCAGAUUAUAAUUAUGUGUAUAGUGCAUUAUAGACUUAUUAUAUUAUGGGCUUGCAAAAAGAGUCAGUGAAUGUCCAGCAAUUAUGAAGUAUUAUUAUACUUGACCUAAGUCAUUAUAAAAUACUUUAUAGUGUGUUAUGUUUAUUAUAAAGCAUUAUGAAUAUUUAUCGGUGCUAAUAACUAUAAUUAUACAGACCUAUAAACGGAUUAAAAAGUAUGAAUAUAAUACAUAGACAUGGGUGUCAUAUAAACUUUUUGUGUCUUAAGACUUGAACUUGAAAAAAAAUACAUCACUUAGGCUUUUACAGAUUGCAUCUCGCCUAGAAAAGGUUAUACUGUAGCAGAUUUUCUAUUUCUAUUAUAAGCAUUAAUGUGCUUCCUCAUGAGAGCAGCUUAAACCCUGUACUUCCUACAUGGUGGCAAUUUAUGUAAAAUGAUGUCUUGACCGAUCAGUGGGUGUCAGGCUGCGCUGUCAUAAAUCUACUGAGCCCUCUGACAAGGUGACACCAUCCUCUAAAUGUGUCUUAUUCUUCGUAUUCAGAAAAUAACUUUAUUAGUUGAGAAGUUGGCUCUUUGGAAAAUGAGUGCGCUUAGAAUUAUGGCUCCAUACAGGUAGAUGAGGAUGUUUAAAGACUUUGAUUCAGCUUCAUGAAUGAUAUACUCUACAAUGCUACUAUACUUUUCUUUCUUUCCCUCUCACACACAUGUUCUGACAGACUGUAGUUGUUUCACUUAAUAUUUCAUUAUGUCUUGAUCUAAUCCGUUCUUACCUUCGUAGGAUUUGCAGACACCUUGGUAAAUAACCAACAACUGUAAGUGUGAUGUCUGUGUGUCUCUCCUCUACUUCAGACAUUAGCUUGCAGCCAUGGGUGACUGGUCUUACAUGUCCUCACUGCUGGACAAGGUUCAGUCUCACUCCACUGUGGUCGGGAAGAUCUGGAUGAGCAUCCUCUUCCUGUUCAGGAUCUUUAUCCUGGGUGCUGCUGCGGACAACGUCUGGGGAGACGAAGUGUCAGAGUUCUCCUGUAACGUCCUGGAACCAGGAUGUCAACACGCCUGCUACAACUGGAUGUUCCCAAUAUCCUACGUUCAUUACUGGGUCCUGCAGAUCACCUUUGUGUCGACACCCACCCUACUCUACCUGGGCCAUGCUAUCCACAUCAUCCACAAAGAGAAGAGGAUGAUGGAGAAGCUGCAGGACAGCACUAGUGGAACCGUACGGAGGAAGCCCAAGUAUACAGAUGACAGAGGGAAGGUGAAGAUAACAGGCAUCCUCUUUUGCACUUACAUGACUCAGCUGGUGUUUAAGAUCCUCCUGGAGGUGGGAUUCUGUGUGGGCCAGUUCUACAUCUUUGGCACCGUGUUCAUGGUCCCCUACUUCCACUGUCCUUUGUCUCCACCUUGUUCCCGUUUCAGCGGUGCCGAGUGUUACAUUUCUCGUCCCACAGAGAAAACAAUUUUUGUCAUCUUCAUGCUUGUAGUUUCAGGCAUUUCGGUGCUCCUCAACAUCAUCGAGAUGAUCUACCUGCUCUGUAACAAGAGGAGAGAGAGCAGGAAAACACAUCAACCUCAGCACUAUUUGCUCAGUUCACAGCAGUUCCCAUCCAACCCAGUUUCGGGAGCCACGAGCCACCAGUAUGGAGGAUUCCCACUGCGGCAUGUGCCGACCCAGGGUCUGACAGGCCUCUGCAAUGACGACCAACACAUUGACUCAGACGUCAGUAAAGAGAAGCUCACCUGAUACAUGAAUAUAAACAGUUAUAUAUAGUUUUGAAUACUACAGUUACUCCACUACAUUUGUAUAACAGCUUUAGUUUCAAGUUACUUUUCAGGAAAAAAAUGACCCGUCAUGUAUCUCAAAAUUUGGUGAUUUUUAAUUUGAAUUCUGAUAAAGUAUGAUAGUAUUAAAGGAUUAUUAUUAUUUUGA